CAGAGUGGGAUUAUUCAGGACUCCUGCAGAAGGAAUAAGCUGCUCUCUGUCUGUGAGAAGCUGGGAUCACAUUAUCAGCUGUCAGAUCUCCGAAUGAACUCAUCUCUUGUCAUGUUGCAGUACAGUGGCUGAAAUGAUUCUCCUGUCUGUUAAUCCAAUGUGCACAGACCAGAGAGAGACAAUCGCCACUUUGGGUACUUGCUGAUCCAAUGAGUUGCUAGCAGAACAGAAGAUGUGUCAUUGCUCAUAUCCUCCAUCUAUCUAGUGAAUGGGAUCAGGCAAGCGUGUUGUAAUAAUGAAACCAUCUGACAGCAUUUUUUCCAGAAAGUUCAAUGUUGGGGUGCCUGGGAGGAGCACAAGGUCGGCCAUUCUGUAUAUAAGGCCAUUUGGUUUGUUCCGUGAAUCAAACCCUGAACAGUUCUCCCUGACAGCUACCACAAGAAGCCUGAGGAAAAUGGAUGUGACUAUCCAACAUCCCUGGUUCCGCCGCCAAUUUUACUCCUUCUUUGGACCAAACAGGAUGCUUGAACAGAGUUUUGGGGAUCACCUUCAAGAGAGUGACCUAUUUCCAAGUGUGCUGUCCCCUUUUUACUACAGAUUUCCUUUCCUCAGACUUCCAUCCUGGAUAGAAAGUGGCUUAUCGGAGCUGAGACUGGAAAAGGACAAGUUUUGUGUCAAUCUUGAUGUGAAACAUUUCUCCCCAGAAGAACUGAAAGUGAAAGUGGUUGGAGAUUUCAUUGAAAUCCAAGGAAAACAUGAGGAGCGUCAGGACGACCAUGGCUAUGUUUCCAGAGACUUCCAACGUAAAUAUAAAAUCCCAGCAGAUGUUGAUCCGCUCUCCAUCACCUCAUCCUUGUCUCCAGAUGGUGUCCUAACUGUAACUGGACCAAGGAAAAUGUCUGAUGUUCCUGAACGCUCCAUUCCCAUCACCCGUGAAGAGAAGGUGGCCAUUGGUGCUGCCCCUAAGAAGUAGAAUCUCUAGGCGUGUUCAGCUAGAGAAGAUACCUUUCUACCCUGCCAGAGAGAGUGCGCGCGUACUACACUGCUACAUGUAUUUAUUUGUGCUGUCCUGUGACCAAAUCAAAUUACUAAUUCAAAUAAAAGCAAGGAGAAGCA